CCCCCCAUGGCACCUUGUUACUCCCGAAAUCUGUCUCCCCCUCCCUAAUCACAUCCUUUCUUACACCCUGCUUCCCCUUCCCUUCAAUGGACUUGCGAGAUGUCGUGCCAAACCACCACCACCACGCAGCAGAAUACUCGUGAAGAGGUAAACAAGACCUCUUCCAAAGAAAGCUACGGCUUCUCCUGCGAUCAAUGCAAUGCCAAAUUUAAUCGCCUGGCUCAUUUACGACGUCACGAGCUAACGCAUGGAAGCGAGAAGCCAUACAACUGUCUCUAUUGCUCACUGACCUCUUCUCGCAAAGAUGUAAUCGUCCGCCAUACGAAAAACUUCCACCACGGGCUCGCCAACAGAAAAUCCUCCGGCUUCCGAGGUAGGCGUCGCAACAAUUCCCAUCCCGGGGCAUCUGGGAGGGUACGCAAGAACAACACCACACGAGCAUCACCUGCUUCGACGACCGAGCGAGGAGAACACGAUCACCAUUCUGAGGGAGUUGACGACGCAAUUCAGGAACAAGACGAGUCGCCAGCCAAUAACGAUAUGGACGGAUCCCAGAGCAGCCAAGCGAACUCGAUCGAUAACCUCAUCCUAGAGCACCCUGGCAUAUUUUCUGCUUACCUCUCAGGGAGCCCUCUAGUAUUUAAUCCUGCAUUCAUGGACCCCGAGCUCGUCAACAGCAAUAUCUCAGAAAUGUUCGACCUCGACGCCCUUCUGGCCCAGGGCUUUCUCAACGAGAUACCAGGCGGCAAUCCGCCGGAGCUUCCGAUCUCAGUCUUGCAACCGCCAAAACCAAGCGUCCCUACCUCUGGGCCUGUCGAUACUGCUGCCGGACGUAAUCUACUUGCAGACGAUAACUGCGAGAAUGCUUGGGCCAAUCUGACCAAAUACCCGGUCCAUAUACUCGCCUCUCUCCGAUUCCCUUCCAAAUACGCCGUAAGGCGCUUCGUCAAAGCCUUUUUCGAGCACUUCGCUGCACAUAUACCGAUUAUACAUCAACCAACAUUUGAUAUCGCCACAACACCGUCACCCCUCUUGCUCGCGAUCAUGGCUUGUGGCGCUGUCUAUCUUGGCGAAGAUUCCACAUCCAACUCAAUGCAUACCGUCGCCGUGCAGCUAGUUUUCGAGCACGAACGGAUGCGCCCAUUCAAUAAAGCCGAUCCCGAGACUCUCAUCUGGAUGUUGCAGACAUAUUUGCUCCUCGCUUACUUUGAGAUUCAUUGCGGCUCAGACGCAAAGUCAGGCCACGCGUUCCCGCACUGUAUCAAGCUUGCCCAAGAAGCAAUCGCGGAGCUUCAGAAAUGUUCGGUAACCUCUUAUAAGGACUGGGUCCGACGGGAGAGCACCAACAGGUGCAUCGCAACCACAAUUCUAAUAGGGGCCUCAUUAUGUUCAAAAGAACAGGAGGCAUGGCUUGCAUCACCCAUCGUUGAAGCCAAAUUUGCCCUCCCUUCCAGCACCGCAGACUGGCAUAAGUCUGAAUCCGAUUUCGAACUUCCCACUCAGAUGCUCUACAGCGACGAAGCUUUGGACGCCAUCGUGGCUGGCCAAACGCCGUCCCAGGUCAUCAGCGAAUUUGGCCUCGUCACCACUGUGUCUGCUCUUCUCUACAGGAUAUGUUCCUUCGAGCUACUUACAAGCUCACAGCAUGGGGAGAUAUAUGCUACAUAUGGUGAGAAGAUGGGUAAGUCGUUGCAGGUUUUGGAUGAGAUCCUCAAGACUCGUAUGAGUCAACAAGGUACUGGGCUGGCCCCAGACUCUACCAUCCAUCGCGCUAAGUCGAUGCUUGACUCGGCUUUCUACCAUCUCUAUGCUAGCGUUCCGCUCUCUGUCAUGAAGAAGUUGCUCUGGUCACCUGCGACCCUGCAUGACGCCAAUAUUUUACGCCCUUCGAACGAUGCGAACUCACUUGAUCUCUACAAAGCAUUCAUCUGCGCUGCAGAGGGACUCAGAUACGGCUGUCGCUUGGGAUUAUCGUAUCUCAGGAAAAUGGCACCAAUAAAAUUUGGGCCAGAAGAUGCGGUUGGCGCUUACGAGGGCGGUCUGCUUCUGUGCUGGUAUCUUCAUCUUGCGCAGGACCGCCUCUCACAUGCCGAGUCUCGCGAUACGCUCAACGCACUACUCAGCGACAGCUUGGCAGAGGUCGCUGACCUGCGACUGGAUGUUAACGGCCGACUCUCGGCUCUUCCACUCGCUGUGUGCGUGGAGCUCCUCUCAGACGGCUCAGUAUGGAAGUGGCCCUGCUCCGUGUCGGAAAAAUUAAAGUUAUUAAUUAAUAAGUUUGAGGAGUUGGAUACUACCAUACACGUAGCGACAGCCUAUCCUCAAUAGUCAAGCUGAAUAUGCUCGCCAUUACUAUAUACUUUGUUAAGGGGUGGAGGCGCAAGGAAGUGGGCAUCAUUUCCACCAUGAAAAUUGUUCUGCUCAUUAUUUAGCUUUGGGAUCAAGUCAAAGGCAAGGAUUUAUAGCCGACUUUGCUGUGUUGUUUAUGUUCUCUCGUUCGGGUUCAUCUUGCAGUGAUGGUGGGGUUGGAAGUGAUAACGACAGUAUUUAAGCAUUUCGCCAUCAAAUGGACACAAGGUCCAGAAUGUCAACGGCCACAGGGCCAAUUUACUGUAUUUAUGUAAUACUAAUAUUUUCAAUUUCAAGCCUUGCUUUAAGAAUAAAGCGAAAUACACG